AUGUCUUCCAACGAGAGCCAGAACAACGCAAGCUUCUUUGGCGGUCUCGGGGAAGCCGUCGGAAAGACGGCUAGCGGCGCUACAAAUACAGUGGGAAAUACGCUAAGUGGUCUAGGCGGUGCUGCAGGGGGCGCGACUCAGGGUCUUGGACAAACCGUGGGCGGUGCCACUGAAGGUCUUGGAAAUGCGGCCAGGGGCCUGGGGCAGUCUGUCAACAAGGCCGUGGGUGCCUAUCCCGAAGCACAGCGCACAGGCGCGGGAGAAGCAAAGAAAACCGGGGAUCCGUGA